AUUCGGCCUAUCAGCGGCGGGGCUCGUUGUCACAUGACCCACCACAGCAGGCUGGCGGAGCGUAGGUGCUGCGGGGCUUCCGUAGACGGCUAGGGCGGAACAACGCGCCCCGUAACGAUCCCUCCCGAGGCUGCCCUGCCCGGGAGGAGGGGGAGCGGGCGGCGGCGGCGGGGCGCUGUGCUGUGAACUGCCGUGCGAUGGGGCCCGGCCGCCUUCCACUGUCGCUUCUGCUGCGGUGCCAGCGGGCGGCGGCAGCUCUCGGUGCGGCCCGGCCCGCCCGCGCACUCAGCGCAGCUGUUCGCCUGCGAGCUCCCCAGCGGCCGCCAAACAAGGGACAACCACUGCGGGCGGGCGGUAGAGGGGAAUGGAAGAGGAUGGCGGGCGCCGGCGGGGAUAAAGAAGAAGAAGAAGAGGAGGAGGAGGAGGAGAAGGAAAAUGAGGAUGAUGAAGCGGAGCUAGAGGAGCUUUUGGGCCCCUCUGCGGUGGCCCUGGGCCCGGGUGCUCAGCGCGUGGUCAUCGUGCACCCGGAUGUCAAGUGGGGCCCGAAGAAAUCGCCGCUGACGAGCGCUGAACUACAGAUUGCUGAAGCCAUUGCUCUUGUGGAUACCCUUCAAAACUGGACCGUUUUAGACAAAAUAAUUAUUCCUACAAAAAAUCCUGACAAGAAGUUUGUUUUUGGCAAAGGAAACUUUCAGGUUUUGACAGAAAAGAUUAGAAAAUUGCCCCAUGUGACAGCUGUCUUCUUGAAUGUGGAAAGAAUGUCUUCAGUAACAAAGAGAGAACUACAAGACGCCUGGGGUGUGAGAGUCUUUGACAGAUACACAGUUGUACUUCAUAUUUUUCGUUGUAAUGCCCGGACCAAAGAAGCCAAACUUCAGAUAGCGUUGGCCGAAAUUCCACUUCUCAGGUCAAAUCUGAAAAAUGAGGUGUCUCAGCUAGAUCAGCAGAGAGGUGGAUCAAGGUACAUCAUGGGCUCAGGUGAAACAUUCAUGGAGACACAGACUCGAAUCUUGAAAGAGAAGGAAAUUAAAAUUAGGAAUGCGCUGGAGAAACUAAAAAGAAAAAGGUCUUUACUUAGAACUCAGCGCAAAAAACGCGAGUUUCCAAUUAUCUCAGUAAUGGGCUACACUAAUUCUGGAAAAACUACAUUGAUCAAAGCCUUGACAGGGGAAGCAGGACUUCAACCCAGAGAUCAGCUAUUUGCCACUCUUGAUAUUACAGCCCAUGCUGGCUAUCUGCCUUCACAUAUGGCAGUUAUUUAUGUUGACACCAUUGGGUUUCUGACUGAUCUUCCACACAAUCUGGUUGAAUCCUUUUCAGCUACAUUAGAAGAAGUGGCUUACUCAGAUCUGAUAGUUCAUGUGAGGGAUAUUACUCAUCCAGAUACCAUUCUCCAGAAAGCAACGGUUCUGUCAGUGCUGAAGCGUCUUAACCUUCCAAACCAUUUACUGGACUCAAUGGUAGAAGUUCAUAACAAAGUGGAUUUGGUAGAAAGGUAUAAACCCACUGAGGAAAAUGCUUUACCCAUUUCUGCUCUACAUGGACAUGGCUUAGAAGAGCUGAAAGAAGAGAUAGAGAAAAAGAUUUUGACAACAACAGGGAAGAAGAUUGUAACAGUUAAUGUCAACCUGGAGGGACCUCAGCUAAGUUGGCUCUAUAAAGAAGCAACAGUUCAAGAAGUUGAAGUCAUGGCUGAACAUGGCACUGCCAGGGUAAAGGUGAUAAUUGGCAAUUCUGCUUUUGGCAAAUACAAAAACCUCUUUCCCAACAGUAAGAUUUGUAUGUCAUGAUACUGCAUCCUUUUCUAGGAAAAGAAAGUGAUCUCCUUAAGAGGAUCAAAUCAAGAUGAUGACCUGUUAGUCUGAGUGUUGAAGAGUGUUUUCUUUGCCAUCUGAUUGGGUUUUUUUAAUGCAUUUUAGAAAUGGACACUGUUUCAGAAAACUUUUCUUUAGAAACAGUAAGAGCUGUGAGCUUCAUUGUGUCAGCCAGUACAGGGACAGCACUAAAUACUUUAUGUUAAAACCACUGUUGACAGUAAAUUGUGAACCUCCCACAAAUCACUGGAUGGCAUCUGAAUUAACUUUCAGAAAAAUACCACGUUUCUUAUGUAAAUAGAGCCUUUUACCUUAUUUUUCAGAAUAAAAUAAUAUUUAUUAAGGUGUCUCAGAUUCUCCUUGGAAAAUGAAAGUUGAUAAAAUAUUGUGGCAUUUUAUAGAAAAUACAGGUAAGAAUGUGUGCAAGCAGAAUGCAUGAACCUAAGUAAAAUAACUACCAUCUCUUACUGCAGUGAAGAACAAAGACCAGAGAUUUAUCUGUUUAAGCCAGAAAUAAAGUUAACUGUGAAUCCAUAUUUAUC